GUUGCUCAUCGCGGCUGUGAUCGUCUGGCCGGGAUCGGCACAAGACCAACAGGUGUACCUGACCACGAUUGACAACUGGUCCUUUUGGAAGAUUCGUGCGACAGGCCCGAUGACCAAUGCCAACGUGAAGGCCACGUGUUAAGCGGCGGGGAUGAAGUUACCGUGCUUCCGGAGGGGGAAGGACCACUGGGGCUUGUGGGCCCCAGGCUGCAUCACGUUUCACCAUGCCGAAGACGUAACGCUCACUGCUCUCUCGGGUGAACUGUGUGGGUGCACGUACGGGUACGGCAGUCAUUGUCUGCCGCUUGAUGAAACCUUUGUGUACACUGCUGGCCGGGACGGCGCUUACGGAGUGGACGUCGACAUUCACACCAACGCCCUGCAAGGAGAGAACUACAACAACAUGUACGCGCUGUGUGCAGCCCCUACGUGUGCAAGGUCCCCCUGUACACACGGCACCUGUACUGAUGAUGUCGGGAGCUACACCUGUAGCUGUGAGAACGGCUGGACAGGACGGGACUGUGAUCAAGUUUAUACCGUGUUGCUGCCGGUAGUUCUUAGCGACGGGCAACGUAUUGUUGUAGGGCACUGUUGGCAGGCACCGAAUCAACAUCGCCGACUUGACAACGUCGAGGUGCACGUGUAA